AUGAGACAGAUUCGCGCUGAAAACAAGCUGCCAUGGAAGGACUUUAGCGCUCGCCACAUUGGCCCUCGCGACGAGGAGAUCCAGGAGAUGCUCAACACCCUGGGGGUUGACAAUGUGGAUGGCUUCAUUUCUCAGGUUAUUCCUGCCGACGUGCUGGAUCCUCCCCAGAAGACGAUCCAGCCGCGCGUCUUCAGCGAGUCGGGCGUUGUGAGGGCCUUCAAGAACAUGAAUGCGCAGAACGACAUCCGCGUGUGGAUGAACGGCGGUGGCUACUACCCCGUUGAGAUCCCUGCCGUCAUCAAGCGCAAUGUCUUGGAGAACCCAGCUUGGUACACCAGCUACACUCCCUACCAGCCGGAAAUCAGCCAGGGCCGUCUAGAGUCCCUGCUCAACUUCCAGACCAUGGUGUCUGAUCUUACUGGCCUUCCUGUGGCAAACGCCAGUUUGCUCGAUGAAGGAACUGCAGCUGGUGAGGCCAUGACCAUGUCACUGACCAGCCUGUCAUCCUCCAGACAAAAGCGACCUGGAAAGACAUAUGUUGUUUCCCACUUGGUGCACGAUGCUACCAUCAGGGUCAUGCAUGGUCGCGCUGAAGGAUUCGGCAUCCACAUCGAGGUCUUGGAUCUGUCUGCGCCGGAUGCCCAGAAGAAGAUUAAGGCUCUUGGUGAUGAUUUGAUUGGUGUUAUGGUUCAGUACCCUGACUCAAACGGUGGUGUUUCUGACUUCCGGGAGCUUGCGGAUCUUGCACACAAACAGGGUACCCUGCUGAGUGCUGCUACCGACCUCUCCAACUUGACUCUCCUCACGCCUCCAGGUGAAUGGGGCGCUGAUAUUGCUUUUGGAAACGCACAGCGAUUUGGUGUUCCCCUGGGUUAUGGUGGACCUCACGCUGCUUUCAUGGCUGUUCAGGACGGUAGCAAGCGGCGUCUCCCUGGCCGCUUGAUCGGUGUUUCCAAGGACCGCCGCGGAGACCGAGCUCUUCGCUUGGCUCUUCAGACCCGAGAGCAGCACAUUCGACGAGAAAAGGCAACUAGCAAUGUUUGCACUGCUCAAGCUCUUCUGGCCAACAUGUCCGCCAUGUAUGCCAUCUAUCACGGCCCCGAACAGCUCAGGGAAAUGGCCAUCAACAACCUUCGACAGGCCCGCAUGAUCCAGGCUGCUGCUCAACACUAUGGCCUGAAUGUCUCGACUGCUUCUGUUGACGCUGAGGGCAAGGUCCUCUCCGAUACCGUUUCGCUUUACUUCGACGAGCCUGUUGUUUGCCGUUCUCUGCGCCGUGAGCUCAUGGAUCAAGGCAUCAGCACCGGCAAAGCCUGGUCUCCUAAUGAGAUUGUUCUGGCGGUUCCCACCACUUUCACGCUUAAGCUCUUUGUCCGCAUCGUCAAAGCUUUCCAGACUGUUGCGUACAAGAACCACGCCGAUGCUGAUCUCGAUGUUUCCUCCAAGUGCUGGAAGGCAGGAUUCGCACAGUCAUCAGAAGAACUCAUCAAGAGCCUGCCCGCGUCUGUCCGACGAGAGUCCAAGUUCCUGACCCACCCUGUUUUCAACUCUCACCACAGCGAGACGGAGAUGCUGCGCUACAUGCAUCACCUCCAGUCCAAGGAUCUGUCUCUGGUUCACUCUAUGAUUCCUCUCGGAUCCUGCACCAUGAAGCUCAACGGCACCACCCAGAUGGAGCUCAUUGGUACGGAAAAUACUGCCAACAUCCACCCUCACGCACCCCACAGCUGCGCCAAGGGUUAUCAGAAGCUCUUUGACGCCACUUCCUCUCAGCUCGCUGCCCUAACCGGUAUGGACGCUACGUCUCUGCAGCCCAACUCCGGUGCUCAGGGUGAAUUUGCCGGUCUGCGAGCAAUUCGAAAGUACCACGAGCAGCAGCCUGGCAACAAGCGCGACAUCUGCUUGAUUCCUGUUUCUGCCCACGGUACCAACCCUGCAUCCGCCGCCAUGGUCGGUAUGCGUGUUGUCCCCAUCAAGUGCGACACCAAGACUGGUAACCUCGACUUGGAAGAUCUGGAAGCCAAGUGCAAGAAGCACGCCUCCGAGCUGGGCGCUAUCAUGAUCACAUACCCUAGUACAUAUGGUGUAUUUGAGCCUCAGGUCCGCAAGGUCUGCGACCUCGUUCACCAGUACGGCGGUCUUGUCUACAUGGACGGCGCCAACAUGAACGCUCAGAUCGGACUUACUUCCCCCGGCGCUCUGGGCGCUGAUGUCUGCCACUUGAACCUGCACAAGACCUUCUGUAUCCCUCACGGCGGCGGUGGACCCGGUAUUGGCCCUAUUUGCGUCAAGAAGCAUCUCAUCCCGUACUUGCCUCACAAGAGCACUCAGACUCCUGUUUCCAGUGCCGCCUUUGGCAGUGCUAGCAUUGUUCCCAUCAGCUGGGCUUACAUCUCCACCAUGGGUGACGAGGGUCUCCGCAAGGCUACUACUGUGGCUCUCCUCAACGCUAACUACAUGCUUACCCGUCUCAAGGACCACUAUCCCAUUCUCUACACCAACGAACAGGGUCGUUGCGCUCACGAAUUCAUCAUCGACGCUCGUCCUUUCCAGAAGACUGCCGGUAUCGAGGCUAUCGAUAUUGCCAAGCGUCUCCAGGACUAUGGCUUCCACGCCCCUACUAUGAGCUGGCCUGUGCCCAACACGCUCAUGGUUGAGCCCACUGAGAGUGAGAGCAAGGAGGAGCUGGACCGAUUCGUCGAUGCCAUGAUCAGCAUCCGCAACGAGAUCCGUGAGAUCGAAGAGGGCAAGCAGCCCAAGGAGGGCAAUGUGCUCAAGAACGCGCCUCACCCACAGCGGGAUUUGAUCCUUGGUGAUGCCGAGGGCAAGUGGGAUAGACCCUACUCGCGAGAGAAGGCCGCGUAUCCGCUGCCGUACCUACUCGAGAAGAAGUUCUGGCCUAGCGUUGGUCGUGUAGACGAUACAUAUGGUGAUACCAACCUGUUCUGCACCUGCCCUCCUGUUGAGGAUACCACCAACUCUGCCUAA